GAACAACAGCCUUCUGCUCAUGGUGAAGCAGGCUUUGAAGAUCCGUGGGCCCUUCGAGGGCAUCCUGGGUCUCGGCAGGCCUCACAGGGAUCGGCCUGAUGCCACACCAGGCUUUCUGAAACUCGCAGGCAUCCACAGGUUCUCCAUGUGCUUCAACGAUGCUGGUCCAGGCGUGCUGGGCCUGAACAUUCCCCGCUUUUCUCCCGGACUCCAAUCAGUGGGAACCAUGCAUUGGGGGCUCGACUUCCGAGGUAUUGGAGUGGGUAGCGGCGACGUCCGGUUGAACAUGUGCCAGAACAAGACUCCCGGUAUGGACAGUGCCUGUGGCAUGAUCCCCGAUUCAGGAACGACGCUCAUCACCGGUCCCAAAGCUGACAUCGCGAAGCUCUUCGACGGCAUCUGCGACCUUUGGCCACGCUGCAAGGAGAUGCAUACAGCCCUGGCCUCGGAAUUCCGCCAGAUGAGGCGAAGGCCUGGGCGAAGAGGACAGCGAUUCCAACGAAUCCGUUCGAUGUUGGAGGCCGGCAAGCCCCUGCCAGAAAUGGUGGAAGUGGAAGAGCAUGAAGGCGAUGCUCCAGUCGGACUGGCGGACAAGGACAUGAUCACAGGAGAUGCAGAGCUUCCUCAGGGUGUAUCGAAAGCUUCGACGAUGGUCUUGCUGAUGAAGCAUUGCUACACCUGGCUAGGCAACAGCAGUGACCUCAAUGGCGAGUUACCACCACUGAGUUUCCAUGUAGCGGGUACAGCCGGCUAUCAGGAGACGCUAGUGCUGGAGCCCAACUCCUACGUGUUCAUGUCCACGGCGCCCAUUGCUCACCAGGUGGUUGAACAUUUGAUGGGCUACUUGCCCAUCGAAGUCGUGACAGUGACUCAGGAGAAUGUCUGCAUGCCAGCCUUUAGCCCUCUCCGGUACAACACGCUGAAGAACGGUCCGAUUUGGAUCAUGGGCACCCCGCUCUUCUACUCCUACCAGGUGCAGUACGACCGGGAGCCUGA